UUGGUGGAAGAAAGGAUCUGCCACAGCAAUCCCAGAUUCGUUUGGGCGAGAGAAAUCGGAGGAUACACAGAACCGCAAGAAGAUACCGGCACCGAGUUCAUAAGCCCCGGAGAUGGUCAUCAAUUCCAGCGAAAAGCUACCAAUCUGAAGAUCUGUGGUUUGGGUUAUAAAUCCAUGUUGAAGAGGAUCCAUUGUGGAGAACGAGAUUGGCGACGGAAGGAAACCAGAUUUGCUUGUCCUGACAUUUGAAGGUGAUAAGUCGAUAUUGAUGGUUUUGGUUCAUCUCUCACAUUUGUUAUGAUUAGAUGCAUAUUCUUAACUAUGUUCUCUGGUUUCUGUUGCCCAAACGGUUCCGCACGAAGAAGUCUCGGUUGUGAGGAUCCCUCUCCGACGAAGCAAAAUCCGAAGAUGGUGUGUGGGCGAUUCUCAAGCCAGAGCAUGCUGAUUCUCUUGCCCUUUGAGUUGAUGGGAUUUUCUGAGAGCUGAGUUGAUCGUGGAAUCUCAGCGAAAUGCUGCUGGACCAUUAGAUGAAUGCUUUGCGAAACCUUCCUCCCGUC